AUGGGGAAUACAGAGAGCAACGUAGCGAGUGGAGUGAAAAAACAGACGGAUGCCGGAUCUAUCUUGCUGUAUAAAUUGAUCGACUUGAAAGGAGGUGGUCUAUUGGUGGACAUGAUGAAAAGAGCCACGCAGACCAAACAAUAUGCCGAGCUGGACCACGCUCUGAGGACAAAAGUGGAGCCGUAUUUGUACAACAAAGGAAAAGGUAAAUGGAUUCCAAUCGAGAAGCUGGUUUUGCUGCGGAACAAAGAUCGACCGAAACACAAAAUGCUACCGCCGUUAAAGGCUAUGGAGAAUCCAAGCGAUUACGACAUAGACAAGGACAUGGGCGACGAGGAAGUCGACGAGACGACUAUAGAUACGAGCAAAUACAGAUUAGUCUGCUGGAGUUUGAGUCAAAGAGGCGCGGUCGGUGAAACGAUUCUACAUUUGUGCAUGUUACACGCGACUGCUAUCCACAUCGACCUGGCAAAACGUUUAUUGCGCUUUUAUCCGAAGCUCAUCAACGAUAUUUACAUCAGCGACGAAUACUAUGGCGAGAACGCGUUGCAUAUCGCGAUAGUAAACGAAGAUCCAUCGUUGGUGAAGUUCUUACUGGACAGUGGCGCGGACGUUCACGAGAGAUGCGUGGGGAACUUUAUGUGCCCAGAAGAUCAGAAAGCAUCGAGGGUGGACAGCGUAGAUCACGAAUGGGUAUCCGUGGCGCCGGAAACGAAUUACGAUGGGUACGUCUAUUGGGGCGAAUAUCCUUUGAGUUUCGCGGCGUGUUUGGGCCAGGAGGAAUGUUACAGACUGAUGCUAGCGAGGGGCGCGGACCCUGAUAAGCAAGACACAAACGGCAACACAGUUUUGCACAUGUUGGUGAUCUACGAAAAAAUGGCUUCGUUCGACAUGGCGUACGAAGUUGGCGCGUCCCUGUCGCUGAGGAACGCCCAGCAUCUAACACCGUUGACGUUAUCGGCGAAAUUAGCCCGGAUCGACAUGUUCUUCCACAUCCUGAACAUCGAGAGGGAAAUUUACUGGCAGAUAGGGAGCAUCACUUGCGCGGCGUACCCCCUAUCGCAAAUCGACACCAUCGACGUCACCACGGGCAACAUCAGUCACAAUUCUGCCCUGAACCUGGUGGUUUUCGGCGAGAAGGACGAACACUUGGAGCUGAUGGACGGCAUCCUGAUCGACCUGCUCAACGCGAAAUGGAACACCUUUGUGAAAUCUCGAUUUUACCGUCAGUUCUUCCUUUUCUGUUUCUACUUUGUCCUGUCGUUGAUCAGUUUCACCCUUCGUCCGGGACCCUCGCCAGUUACAUCCGGCGAGACUACGAAUGCAACUGACGCGUCCAUCAUGUCAUCAACGACACCUAGUUCAGAUCUUCCUUCCAACUCUACCCGAGAAAUCUCGAAAAGUUAUCCAAACUCCAACCUUUCCCAAUUGAUCGAGAGGGCCUUCACCGCCAGCCUGAUCGCGAACCUUAAAUCCUCCUUAAACGUAACACCGACCUACUUCGAGAAACUGAAGCGCGACAUUCUGGCGGAUAUAACGUCCACGUUGAGGAACGUUUGGUCGACGGACGGGAAUGGGAACGAACUUGUUAACAACUCCUACGAAAUGCCUUCUGGUACCAGCGAACACGUGUACCAAAGUAAAAACGAUACGGCGACGGAUUAUCUUAGAGUCACGAUCAACAACAGCCUACUCGUCGCGAAGAACUUGCUGCUCGAUGAUGUCGCGUUGCCCGGUAGCAACGACAAGAAUAACUGGUGGAGCGACCUGACCGAGGAGUGCAGACUGAUGCAGCUGGCCACGUUCUCGGGAAAGAUUCGCCUAACGGCAGAAAUGCUGAUGGAAGUCGCGGCUCUGCUCUACAUUAUUGCAGCGCUGCGGGAGGCCCGGUUUCUGGGUCUUAAUAUGUUCAUUGAGAAUCUGAUGACCGCCCCGUCGCGAGUUAUGUUCCUCUUCUCCUGUUGCAUAUUGUUAACUUUCCCGUUUCUGCGACUGUCUUGCGAGGACGAAGUCGAGGACAUGUUAGCUGUCGUCGUGAUGCUAACCACUGCACCCUAUUUCCUGUUCUUCUGCAGAGGUUUCAAGACGGUUGGUCCUUUCGUCGUGAUGAUCUACAGAAUGAUCAUGGGGGAUCUCAUCCGUUUCGUUUCCAUCUAUUCGGUGUUCGUGAUGGGAUUCUCUCAGGCCUAUUACAUUAUAUUUCUAUCGUUCGACAAUCCCAAUACACCGGAAGGAGUCGACGAUUCGAUAAGCAAUCCGAUGCCAUCGCCGAUGGAGAGCGUGAUGGCUAUGUUUUUAAUGAGCAUGACGAACUUCGGUGAUUACUACGGUGCGUUCGAACGAACGCAACAUGAGAUGGAAGGCAAGUUCCUGUUCGUUGUGUACAUGGCGAUCGUAGCGAUUUUGCUUGUAAACAUGUUGAUCGCUAUGAUGGGGAACACGUAUCAGAAAAUCGCUGAAACUAGGAACGAAUGGCAGAGACAAUGGGCACGCAUAGUGUUGGUAGUAGAAAGAGGAGUAAGUCCAAAGGAAAGGCUGAAAAAGCUAACGGAUUAUUCGCAGCCAAUGUCCGACGGUCGCAGAGCAUUGGUACUUCGUUUAUAUCAAUCGGAAGAGGAUAAAGAAGAAAUGAAAGAAAUUUUGGAAAUGAAGAGGACGCACGAUAAAUUAUUCAAGAAAAGGCAAGCCAAACUGGCGAAGGAAAAAGUCAUCGCGUCUGAAGAUAAUGUUAUUUUGUAA